UGGUGUUGCCUUAUUUUGUCACUGCAAAGCCACCAUGGCCAUCUCCUCUCCCUUGCUAUACUGCUUUCUUUCUCUUUGGCUAGGCCAUGCUGUUCAUCAGCUUGAAGCUUCCCACCAAGUUUACAGAAACCUUCCAACUUAUUCCCAGUUAACUUCUUCACAUCAUCACCCAGUUAAUGAACCUUACAGAACUGGUUAUCAUUUCCAGCCUCCCAAGAAUUGGAUCAAUGAUCCUAAUGGACCACUGAUUUACAAGGGAAUUUAUCAUUUCUUCUAUCAAUACAACCCCUUAGAUGUAGUUUGGGGAAACAUUGUCUGGGCCCAUUCCACAUCAACUGAUCUUGUUAACUGGACCCCACAUGAUGCUGCUAUCUACCCAUCACAGCCGUCAGACAUCAACGGCUGUUGGUCGGGUUCCGCCACGAUCCUCCCUGGGGGCAAACCGGUGAUGUUAUACACAGGAAUAGACUCCCAAAAUCGCCAAGUUCAGAAUUUGGCCUACCCCAAGAACCUCUCGGACCCAUUCCUUAGGGAGUGGACCAAGAUCCCACAAAAUCCACUAAUGGCACCCAGCCAAGCUAACCAAAUCAAUGCAAGCUCAUUUAGGGACCCAACCACUGCUUGGCUAGGCCCAGAUAAGAAAUGGAGAGUGAUCAUUGGAGGCAAAACGAACCAAACAGGAGAAGCUAUCCUAUAUAGGAGCAAAGAUUUCCUUAAUUGGGUUAAGGCCAAACAACCACUUCACUCAGCAGAGAAAACUGGAAUGUGGGAAUGCCCUGAUUUUUUCCCAGUUUCAAUUCAUAGCCAAAAUGGUCUUGACACAUCAAAAAUUGGUCCUGAUGUUAAGCAUGUGUUCAAGGUGAGCUUAGACAACACUAGGCGAGAGUACUACACAAUUGGGACAUAUAACAUCGACAAGGAUAUCUAUAUCCCGGAUAAGGGCUCAGUGGAGAGUGACUCAGGCUUGAGAUAUGAUUAUGGAAAAUUUUAUGCUUCAAAAACUUUCUUUGACAGUUCUAAGAACCGUAGAAUACUGUGGGGUUGGAUUAAUGAAUCUUCAACUGUGGAGGAUGAUAUCAAGAAGGGAUGGUCUGGACUUCAGGCAAUUCCAAGGACCCUUUGGCUUGAUAAGUCUGGGAAACAAUUGGUACAAUGGCCAGCAGUAGAGAUUGAAAAGCUACGUGAAAAAGAGGUCAAGUUGCCAAGCAGUGUACUUAAGGGAGGAUCAGUGCAUGAAGUACUUGGUGUCACAGCAGCACAGGCAGAUGUAGAGAUUACUUUUGGAAUAAGUGAUCUUAAGAAAGCAGAAGUGCUGGACCCAAGUUGGACAAACCCACAGCUUUUGUGUAGCCAAAAGGGUGCCUCAGUUAAAGGUGGUUUAGGACCAUUCGGGUUACUCGUAUUGGCUUCAAAGGGCUUGAAAGAAUAUACAUCAGUUUUCUAUAGAAUAUUCAUAGAUCACAACAAACAUGUGGUGCUCCUGUGCAGUGACCAAAGCAGGUCUUCCUUAAAGAAAGAUAAUGAUAAGACCACUUAUGGGGCUUUUGUAAACGUGGAUCCUCUUCAUGAGAAGCUCUCCCUAAGAAGCUUGAUAGAUCACUCUAUAGUGGAGAGCUUUGGUGGAGAAGGCAAGGCGUGCAUAACAGCUAGAGUUUAUCCCACACUGGCCAUUAAUGGCGAUGCCCACUUGUAUGCUUUCAAUUAUGGAACUGAGGAUGUCAAAAUCACAGGAAGUGCAUGGAGCUUGAAAACAGCAAAAAUCAAUUGAAAUAUGAAUAGUGGAGAGUGGAGAGUGCUCUUGGAAAGAGGAUAAUGACUAUGACAGAUUAAUAAUAAAAUUUGUGCGUGUAUGAACCGAAAAUAAAAAACUUGUGCGUGUCAGUUUUUUCUUUGCAUAUCAUGGAUUCCGAUUGUCUCUGUAUGUA